ACUUGUUAACCUACAUUUUUGGAAGCAUUACUCGAUUUAUUUAUUGAAUUAUCCGUGUCUCAUCAAGAUUAAUUUCAAUACUAUGUACCAAUUUAGCAAUCAGAAUAGACUUCAAAGAGAUUUCAUUUCGAUCUUCUUUUCAUUAUCCAUCCAUUAUAAGGCAAUAGAUGGAGUUAACAGUUGAUAAAUUUAUAUGUUUUUUUGACAAGGAGUAUUAGGAAUGCUCAGAAGUUUUGAGUCAAAUCAUUCCCAGCUCCUUACAUUUUAUUAAAUCAUGGUUUUCAAGAUAUAAAAGACUAGUCAUGUUAGCUUCUUCUUCCAAUUGUUCAUUGUAUAUUUGUAUAUUACCAACAUGUAACAACAAGUUAAAAGAUACAUAAGCAAAAAUACAUCACCAUUAUAACAAACAAAAAGGUUUUACCUGUUGUAUUGUGCUUCUGCUUUUUUCUUGAUCGAUAAAUGUACAGGGAAUGUUUAUAAACCAAUAAAAGCUGUAAACCUAUCAUUUAGUCUUUUAAAUUGAAUCUCUUUCUUGACAAUUGACACCAAUAUAUUUGAUCUAUCAACACACCAAUUAAAGAUCAUCAGUUGAUUCUCAAUUAGUUGCCAAUAAAACCUAAUUUUAACCAGACAAUUAAUUACCAUGGAUCAAUCAAGUACAGUGUUAACAGCACCUGAACAUAAACCCAGGCCAGGUUUGGAAAGUCUUGAUAUCGCUGUUGUUGUCGCUUACUUCUUGCUCAUUCUGGCAACUGGUUUUUGGUCCAUGUGGAAAACGAAAAAUCGAGGAACAGUUGAUGGCUACUUUUUAGCUGGACGUUAUAUGACUUGGCUAACAGUUGGAGCCUCAGUUUUCGCCAGCAACAUUGGAAGUGAACAUUUCAUUGGAUUAGCUGGAUCAGGGGCUGCAUCAGGAAUCGGUGUAGCUGCUUUUGAGCUUAAUGCCUUACUAAUCUUACAAAUAACUGGAUGGCUAUUCUUGCCCGUUUUCCUGGCAAGUAAUGUUUACACCUUACCUGAGUUUAUGUCUAAACGUUUCGGAGGCAAAAGAAUACAAACAUAUUUAGCUCUUCUCUCACUACUGUUAUAUGUUUUCACCAAGAUCUCGGUUAAUCUAUUUUCUGGUGCCAUUUUUAUCCAACAAGCUCGAGGAUGGUCAAUUUAUGUCAGUGUUUUAAUUCUACUGGCUCUAACGGCGGUUUCAACGGUAACUGGAGGAUUAGCAUCUGUGAUGUAUACUGAUACAAUACAAUGUUUUGUUAUGUUGGCCGGAGGAAUCCUAUUAACCUACAAAGCUAUAAAUGAAAUCGGUGGAAUUGGAAAUUUAAAGCCACGCUAUUUUGAAGCCAAACCGUCAGUCAUUCCUGUGAACGCAACAACAUGUGCUAUGCCUAAAGACACUGCUUUCCUGUUAUUGAGGCCAAUUGAUGACCAUGAUAUGCCCUGGUUAGGCUUUUUAGCUGGACAAACCUUUGCAUCAAUGUGGUAUUGGUGUACUGACCAGGUUAUUGUCCAACGCUUAUUAGCUGCCAAAAAUCUAGCCCAUGCACAAGGAGGCACAUUGCUUGCAGGCUUCUUGAAAUUGAUGCCUCUUUUCAUCAUAAUCAUUCCCGGAAUGAUCUCAAGAAUAUUGUUUCCUGAUGAUGUAAGCUGUGUCGAUCCAGUUGAAUGUUACAGAGUCUGUCAAAGUUAUACCGGCUGCUCUAACAUUGCUUACCCACGACUUGUGCUCGCUCUGAUGCCCAGUGGACUCAAAGGCUUGAUGAUGGCUGGAAUGUUGGCUGCUCUCAUGUCUGGAUUGUCAUCGAUUUUCAACAGCUGUAGUACAAUGUUCACCAUCGAUAUAUGGCCUCUGAUACGACCAAAAGCUUCAGUGAGGGAACAAAUGAUCGUAGGAAGAUCAUUCACUUUUGCCAUGAUUGCUUUUAGUAUCGCAUGGAUUGUGGUCAUUCAAGAAAUGCAAAGCGGUGAACUUUAUAUUUACAUACAAGCAAUCUCAUCAAUCUUAUCUCCUCCUAUUGCCACGGUUUAUGGACUUUCAGUUAUUUGGCCUAGAAUGAAUGAACCUGCAGCAUUUUGGACUCUAAUUAUUGGUCUUGUUAUUGGCUCUGUUAGAUUUAUUUUGGACAUUAUUUAUCGUGAACCUCCUUGUGGUGAACCAGAUCUCCGACCAAGUUUUAUCAAAGAUAUUCAUUACAUGUAUUUUGCACUCAUUUUAACAAUAAUCUCUGUGAUUACGUCAGUCUUUGUUUCUUUAAUCACAAAGCCAACUGAAAAUUUCAGGCUCAUCAGAACUACAUAUUGGACUCGAUUCGAUGAGAGUAUCCGUGAUGACGAAGUUAAACCAGUUCCAGCUAAAACAAUGGAGUUAACGGACAUGGAUUGGCAUGAGGAAGAUGAUAAAUGCGAUGUUGAUUUGGAGGAAGGUGAAGAAGCUGAUGAUGUUAUGAUCAAGGAUAAAAAGGUUUCCUUGUGUAAAAAGUUUUUCAUUUGGUUCUGUGGCUAUGAAGACACAGAACAAUCAACAUCCAAAUCAAAAGAUCCCGAAGGAGUUGGUCUUAAAUCGUCCGUUGCUGAUGCCUUUGAAUCACAUUCUGGUGUUGCUUCACUUCGUCAAACUUUAACCCAAAAGAUAAUACUUCGUACAACUUUGGCCUUAAUUGUUGUUCUUUCCGUCUUUUUGUUCACCUAUUUUUCCUUGCCCUUCCACAUGCACAAUAGUCCUUGACCAAAGUGACAAAUUAGUCAAUCAUUAACUAAUUAACUUCUUCCAAAAUGCCAUUCCAUUCAGUCUUUUCCUAUUUACUCACAACCAAUCAGUUAUUGAUUGAUAAAUGAUACUAAAUUAUAUUAGGACGCAUAUUUGAACCACUUAUACAAGUAAUAAGGUUUUAAUUACCCAACACUGCAAAUGGAUACCUAAUCAACUGUUAACUCGAUCAAGAGUAUAAAUUAUUUUUUACUGAUUUGCGGAUGAUUGUUGUAACAAUCGUUCGUUGAUUAAUAUCUCUUCCUAUUCCCACUGUUGUAUUUUUAUUUUCCUGUUGAUUCCUUUUUGAAUUUUGAUUGUUUUUGUUUUUUUUUUGAAAUCAACUUAUCUACUUUCAUUAUUAUUCAAUACUUGACUGAUGGUCAAGUUGAACAUUUAAUAAUCCGAAUUUAAUCCGGAUUUAGUUUUAUGUAAUGUGAUCAAUUAUUUUCAAUUACAGUAAAAGCUGAGAUAAUGGGAUCUAAUUGAUCACUUUAAGGUUGAGUUCAAUAUUAGUUUAAUCUGGUUGAACUUUGAUUUGAACUGUUGAACAGUUAACCUAGAAAUUGUUGAUUAUUAGAAAAGAGUGAAAACGCUGAAAUUGGACUUCACGGUUAAUCUCCAGAAUUUCAAAGAUUCUCAUCUUCAUAACUUUUACUGUAGCUGACAAAUGUUGACUAAAACAUGUUAUGAGUAAUUUUUUAAAUCAUCUUAUUUUUAGUAUCAAUUUUACUGCUACUAACUGAUUUAACAUCCACCUUUUUCAUCAACCAAUUGGUUAAUAAUUUACACAGUCAGUGUAACAUCAACUGAUCAUGAUUUUGCUUUGAUCAAAAUAUCAAACGGGAUUCAACCAUUUGAAUAUUUCACUCAAAAAAAAUAUGAUCAAUAUACAGUAAAAUUACACUUAACCGAUAUUUUUGGAAAUACUCCAUCUAUUGGAAUAAUUAAAACUUUUCUCUUAUA